CCAGAUUUGGGCUAAUUUUGUUCACUAUGCUUAAAAUAAUACAUUAUUCUACUUCUACUAAAAAUCUUUAAGUUCAAGUUAUUUUUUUACCUUUGUUGGGAGAACAAUUUGAAGUUGUACAGUGUUCAUACUGUGUGGCUCAUGACUUGACAGCAGCAUGAGUCACAAAUUCCAUACAUUAAAGUUCACCAAACGUAAUGAGAUGAAAAUAAAGUAAGAGUCAUAGCCAUGUUUUGUUUGGGACACACCCUGUAUGGUCGGUUGUUUAAAAACCUGUUGGCUCAGUGAAAGUCAGAGUUAAGAGCAACAUCAGAGGUGCAAAUAUGUCAGAUGUAGAUCAUUUAGGUGCAGAUGCUGCCCCAUGCCUCCUAAGUGAUCCAUCUGAAGGUAAAGAGUACACAAUGUACCAUGGCACAUCCAAAGAGGCCGCGGAAAAAAUACAAAGAGACGGCUUUCAUCAGUCUGCUGAUGGCAUGCUCGGACGCGGCGUCUACCUCAGUCGAGAUUUAGAGAAGGCUUCCAGAUACCCUCUGGAUCUACCUGAGGAUCAGAGAGUUGUUCUGAAAGUCAAAGUCAACGUUGGUAAAGUGAAGAAGAUCGACUCUCAGAAUCACCCGAUGCGAAAAACCUGGCAUGAUCAUGAGUAUGACACUGCCUGGUGCCCUCCAAAUUGUGGCAUGGUGCCAAGUGGACUUGAGGAAGACUGUGUUUGGGAUCCAGAACAUAUCACAGUCAUUGAUGUAAUCCCAUCACGCCUUCAAAACCGAUUAGAACCAGAACGUCUACCGAAUGUACUUUGGCACAGGGAGGCACAAAUACCUCAAAAUCUGUACUUUGGUGCAGUGGUCACCAGGAGCCACCAGACCACCAGAGACCCUGUGAGUUUCAUUCGUCAGAGAACGAGUCGUGGCAUGGCACUGAGUGGCGGGGCUAAUGCUAAGAAAGGAAAUAAGAGGAGAUAGAAAUAAGUAUCAUGAUAAGCUGUAACUAUAUCAUACAACAUGUUCCAAAGAUGUAGCUAAGAAUUGAUCAACAAAAGCAUUAAAAUUCCAUAGUCUUAUCCCAUGUUUAUAUGUACAGAAAGUACGGUAUACUUUACAGUACUUACACUUACAAAAGCAUGUUUUUUCCCACAAAUUGUGAUUGAUGCUGAAUACAACAUGGGUAUGUUUCAGCAUCUUCAAUUAUUUAGUGUAUUUCCAGCUGAAAAGUUUACGGUAUAUUAUACAUAUCUUUAAUACAUGUAUAUAUAGUUAAAUAAAAGUUCAAGUCAUGUCCUGUUUUGAUCUGAUCUGUCUAAAUAUGAGACGUAGUGUAAAUUGAUAUCAGACUGAGCCCUUCUGCCUCCUUUCAAGUCUCAAACAGGUGUAACAAUUACAGGAAAACAACCAUGUACACAGAAACGAAACUUAAACCUCACAGAAAAUGUUGUUUUAAAUAAAACAAAUG